AUGAACGAAGAGGCAGGCGGCACGCAGCAGGCCGACGGCAGGGACACCACGGGCGGCAGGCCGCAGACCAGCGGUAGGGGCGCUGCAGGCGGCAGGCUGCGGACCAGCCGGAGAGACGUCGCAGGAAGCAGCCAUCAGGUCGGUGGCAGGGGCGCCACCGGCAGCGGAGUGGAGGCCCCGGGGGACAAGGGGAAAUGCCCCCGGUCGUUCGUGCCCCAGCCGUCCUCCUCGUCAUCGCCGUUGCCUCCGCGACAAUGGCCGACGGUGGGCGGCACGAAGGAAGGAGGCCAGGGCGGCCAAUCAUCGGGCGCGGCGUCCAGGACAGAGGCAAGGCCGCCCAAGGACCCCGCCGGGGACGCCACGGGCAGCAGGCUGCAGACCAGCGGUAGGGGCGCCGCAGGCGGCAGGCUGCGGACCAGCCGGAGAGACGCCGCAUGCAGCAGCCAUCAGGCCGCCCAAGGACCUCGCCGGAGGCCGGAGGCAGCCAGAUCAGCUGAGGCCGGCUCCCGGGCCGAGGAGCUGAGUGGAGGUGGUCGCGGCGAGGGCGACGCCGGCGUGACAGUCGUCGAGGACCCUAAGCGCCUCUGCAAAGAGGGCUCGCAGGGGACCCAGCACCCGGCCGCUGUCAAGCCAGGCACCAGAACCCCUCCCGGAUGUGCUCGGAAGCGCCCGAAGGUUAUCGAGCGGCUGGAAGCAGCCGUGGCGGCGGAGCGAGCCGAGCUCGACAGGGACCGCGCCGUCCUCAUUGAAGUGAGGGGCCGGCUGGAAGAGGUCGGUAGGCCCCUGGAGGCCCGUAUCGCCUCAGCCUGCGCAACCCACAAGAGGUCGAUGCGCGCGGUGGCCAAGGAGGGAGAGGCGUUGGAGGAGGUGCACGACGAGGCUAUCGCCGCGUAG